CAUAAAAACAAAAAGUAAAAUAAAAUAGUCAUAAUAUCUUUCCUCGAACUUGAUCGCUUUGUUGGUCCAUUUGGAAGCCAUAGAUUUCACCAGCAUAGUAGGUUCCAGAUAACCUUUUAUCAAUUUCUUUUCUUUUUUAAAGAAAUCUUCAUAAUUCCUCAGUUUUCAUUCAAAGUUUUUGGGCUCUGUGGGUAUAUCUCUGCUUCAAUUUUACUACUGUACAGUGAUUGUACAUGGUGGGAACAUGUCAUGGUUUCUGGUGAAUUUAGUACCUGGGUUGUUGAGGGAGAGGUAUUAACUCAGUUGCGUGAGUGAGUGAGUGAGUGAGUGUUUGACUGUUGUUGGGUUGCUGUGGAAGGGUUGUUGGGAAAGAGGGUCUAAUUAAUCUUGAGUUUCAGUUGUCAUCAGAGCCAGUUUCUUUCUUCUCUCUGCCAGGUUAUAUUUUUAACCCUUUCUCCAGUUCUGCUAGAUAUUUUUUGAGCCUCUAUUGUCACCUAAGCACGUAGCCAGUUCAUCAAGCACUUGGUGAUUGGUAUUUUCUCUUCUCUUUUUAUACAGAAACUGAAUCUGUCAUUGGCUUGAGCCCCUACUUGUGAUUACUCUCUCCCUGUGGAAAACGUUAUCUUUGUUCCUUUGUUAGAGCUGUGUAUCUUCUUUGAGCUCACUAUUUUGUCUCAAGCCUCACUUCACCUAUUUGGGCUAUCAAUAGUUCUAGAUUAGGAGUUUGAUUCAUUGUUUAAACUUUAAAAGAUGAACGGCGCUGUAUUGGUGGCUAUUGCUGCAUGCAUUGGUAGCUUCUUGCAAGGAUGGGAUAAUGCUACUAUUGCUGGGGCUAUUGUUUACAUCAAGGAGGACCUCGAUUUGCAAACUACAGUGGAAGGUCUAGUUGUGGCCAUGUCUCUUAUUGGAGCCACAGCAAUCACAACAUGCUCAGGAGCAAUUUCAGAUUGGCUUGGUCGCCGUCCAAUGCUAAUAAUUUCAUCAGUGCUUUACUUUAUUAGUGGUUUAAUAAUGGCUUGGUCUCCAAAUGUCUACAUCCUGUGCAUAGCAAGGCUUUUAGAUGGAUUUGCAAUUGGCUUAGCUGUUACACUUGUUCCAGUGUAUAUAUCUGAGACUGCCCCAUCAGAUAUAAGGGGAAUGUUAAAUACCCUUCCUCAGUUCACCGGUUCAGGAGGAAUGUUUCUGUCAUAUUGUAUGGUUUUUGGAAUGUCUUUAAUGCCCUCACCAAGUUGGAGGUUGAUGCUUGGAAUACUUUCUAUACCUUCUCUACUAUAUUUUGCAUUGACAAUAUUUUAUUUGCCUGAAACUCCUCGAUGGCUUGUGAGUAAAGGGAAGAUGCUUGAGGCUAAACGAGUUCUGCAGAGAUUACGUGGAAGGGAAGAUGUUUCAGGUGAGAUGGCUUUGCUGGUUGAAGGUCUUGGUAUUGGGGGCGAAACUUCCAUAGAGGAGUACAUAAUAGGCCCUGCAGAUGAACUUGCUGAUGAUCAUGAACCCACUGCUGAGAAAGACAAAAUCAAAUUAUAUGGGCCUGAAGCAGGCCUCUCCUGGAUUGCCAAACCUGUCACUGGACAGAGUUCUCUUGCUCUUGUAUCUCGCCAGGGAACCAUGGUGAACCAAAGCAUGCCUCUCAUGGAUCCUCUAGUGACUCUUUUUGGUAGUGUUCAUGAGAAGAAUCCUGAAACAGGAAGCAUGCUUUUCCCUAAUUUUGGUAGCAUGUUUAGUACAGCAGAAUCUCAUGUUAAACAUGAGCAUUGGGAUGAAGAGAGCUUACAGAGGGAAGGUGAGGACUACACAUCAGAAGCUGCUGGGGGAGACUCAGAUGAUAAUUUACACAGUCCAUUAAUCUCUCGUCAGACAACAAGCCUGGAAAAGGAUAUGCACCCCCCACCUUCCCAUGGUAGCAUUCUGAGCAUGAGACGCCAUAGCAGUCUCAUGCAAGGAACUGGGGAGGCUGUUGGGGCUACAGGUAUUGGUGGCGGUUGGCAGUUGGCGUGGAAAUGGUCUGAGAGAGAAGGAGAAGAUGGAAAGAAGGAAGGAGAAUUUAAAAGGGUUUAUUUGCACCAGGAGGGAGUCCCUGGAUCUCGUCGUGGGUCUCUGGUUUCACUUCCUGGUGGUGAUGUUCCUGCAGAAGGUGAGUAUGUCCAGGCUUCUGCUCUGGUAAGUCAACCUGCCCUCUAUUCCAAGGAGCUUCUGGAUCAGCAUGCAGUUGGACCUGCAAUGGUUCACCCUUCUGAAACUGCCAAAAAGGGGCCAAUUUGGGAUGCUUUACUUGAUCCAGGAGUCAAGCGAGCAUUGAUUGUUGGGAUUGGAAUUCAAAUUCUUCAGCAGUUUUCAGGUAUCGGUGGUAUUCUCUACUACACUCCUCAAAUUCUUGAAGAGGCAGGUGUUGAAGUUCUUCUUGUGAACCUGGGAAUUAGUUCAACGUCUGCAUCAUUCCUUAUUAGUGCAUUCACAACAUUUCUGAUGCUUCCUUGUAUAGCCGUAGGCAUGAGGCUCGUGGAUGUCUCAGGCAGAAGGACUCUGCUACUCACCACAAUUCCUGUGCUUAUAGGCUCCCUCAUCGUCCUAAUAAUCGUCCAACUGGUGGACUUGGGUACAGUCGCAGAUGCAGUGAUCUCAACUGUUUGUGUUGUCAUCUACUUCUGCUGCUUUGUUAUGGCUUAUGGGCCAAUUCCGAAUAUCCUUUGCUCAGAGAUCUUCCCCACAAGAGUUCGUGGACUGUGCAUUGCCAUCUGUGCCCUAGUUUACUGGAUUGGGGAUAUCAUUGUUACCUAUACACUGCCUGUAAUGCUAACUUCAGUUGGCCUAAAGGGUAUCUUUAUCGUUUUUGCUGUCAUGUGUGCCAUCUCUUGGGUCUUCGUCUUCCUGAAGGUCCCAGAAACCAAAGGUAUGCCCCUUGAAGUCAUUACAGAGUUCUUUGCUGUUGGCGCAAGACAAGCUGCUGCUGCCAAGAGUGAGUGACAAAGCUUGGAUGGCCUGCUGAUUAUUAUGCAGUUUGAGCUGCUAAAGAUGUCAUUAUAUUGAGAACAAAGAUCUUAUAAUUAAACAAUUAAAUGCCAUUUUGUUUAAAAUUUUUGCAUUAUAAUAUGAUAAUACUAAAUAUAGAGAGUUGAUUCGUA